UACAACCCCAACUGCAAGGGCAGCCCGGCGAAAUGCAUUGUUAAUCUCUGUUUGAGGAGGAGAUUGUAUUUUGUUGGAGUUUUAUUUUUCCUUGUACUUCAUGUAUCAGCAUCCAAAAGAAAAGAGAGAGUAAUAUCAUAGUACUAGAUUUUAUCCCUAGCUUAUUAUUAGCACCAGCUUUCACUUGAACAGCAAAACCAAAAGCACCUCCUCGAAUUAUCAACUGGGUUUUGGCCAUAUCUUGCAUUGCACCCUCACUUCAUUUUGACUUUGUUGCUAAAGCUAAAGGUCUAUUGUUCAAGCAGUUAUGGAUUCCCCUCAAUCUGUUGUGUCACCAUUCAAGACCUCUGUUGUCUUUGAGCCAGAGAAGCAGAAAUCUGAUUGUUCUGUUCAGAGUACUGGCAACUUAUCCAAGGGAAUUGAGUUCCCCAAACAUGAGGCUGUGGCUGGCCAUCCAGAAGACUUCAUUGGUAUAGUUGAGGUUUACGUACACCAGGCUAGGGACAUCCAAAACAUAUGCAUUUACCACAAGCAAGAUGUUUAUGCCAAGUUUUGCUUGACUAGUGAUCCUGAGUACACAUUCUCCACCAAAAUCAUCAAUGGUGGUGGGAGGAAUCCUGUCUUCAACGACCGUCUGCAGCUCAAUGUUAAGACUAUUGAUUCCUCCCUUAAAUGUGAGAUAUUCAUGAUGAGUAGGGUGAAGAAUUAUCUGGAGGAUCAGCUGUUAGGGUUUGCUCUGGUUCCGUUGUCUGAAGUUCUAAUCAAUAACGGGAAUUUGGAGAAAGAGUUCUCUCUUUCUUCAACUGAUUUGUUCCACUCUCCAGCAGGGUUUGUUCAAUUGUCUCUAUCAUACGUUGGAGCUUCGCCAGAGGUAAUGGAAAUUCCAGCGAUGCCCACCGCUUUAGCUACAAAUGGAACCAUCCAGGAUUCUGAGAUACAGGAAUCACUCCCUUGCGAACUUGAUAAGAUUGAGUUCCCGGAUCCAAAGGUUGUGAAUGAAAACCAGAUGAUGAUCUCAGAGUAUUUUGGAAUUUCAUGUUCUAGCCUGGAUUCUGAAGCCUCUGAGAGCUUGGCCAUUUCUAAUGCUGAAAAUAAUCUCGGUUCAGAAAUCGGAGUUCAUGUUAUGGAAAGCAUUUCAGCCGCCACUUCUGAUCCAACUCAAGUUCCAAAGCUUGAUUCUCCUCCAAGCAGUGUGUCAACCAAUGGUGUUUCUUCACCUUCCGCUGCUGCAAUUUCAGAAACCUCUGAUAGCCCAGCAACUUCAAAAACACCAAAUCAGGAGCAUGUCUCGGUCCAUAAAGAGAGAGAGAGUGCAAAUGCCGGAGAUGGUGAGACUGAUUGCUCUGGUGGAGCAUCGAAUGAGAAAAAUGCGAAACCUGUUAUUACAGUCAACAUUGAGCCGGAGUCCAAAGUGGUUCAGCAAGACAUAGUAGACAUGUACAUGAAAAGCAUGCAACAAUUCACAGAGUCACUGGCCAAGAUGAAGCUUCCUUUGGACACUGAUAGUGGACCAACCAGUUCAGGAAGUUCAAGCUCCGAUCAGAAAAUGCAGGCAUCAAAGAACACAAGUUCCCGUGUGUUUUAUGGGAGUCGGGCUUUCUUCUGAGCUUUGAGUUCUCCUAGUUCAGAGGAAAACACACAGGUGAUUUUAGGCUUUAGCAUGGUGACUAAUACUAAUAUAAUAGUGAAGUAUAAUAAUGUAUCAUGUAGUGUGUUGUUUCCUUCUGUACGUUGAGAUAUGUUUAGCAGAAGGGGAAAUCAUGAAUUUGUAAGCUUUAUUAGCUUUGUUUCAUAGCAACUGCUGAUGGUAUGUAUAAACGAACAUUCUCCCUUCUAUUUUCA